GGAAUAUGAAUAAGCGAUAAAACUUUACCUUCUCGGGAGACAACACUUGUUCGGCAACUGAACUGCGAUGCAAAAUUAAGAACACAGUUCAGAAUUAGAUUGACAAUUUUAAGGAUUAAAUAAUAAAAAAAGGGGUCAGUCACUCCUCCACUAAUCCAUGUUUGGAGUCAUUGGACUUGCUCUCAUAACACCUCCACUCGCUCAUCUAUUUUCCUUCCACUACUCCUCCCCUUAACCCCGCCGCCCAUCGUCAACGUCAACGCCAACGCCAACGCCAACGCCGCUUUCAUUCUCCAAAGGUUUUUAAAUUAUAUCUCAGAUUUUGAUCGAUUUCACAUGGGCGAACAAACCCCGUCGCAGCCUCAGCCGCAGGUUCAAUCCCAGCCACCGAAUGACUCCUCUACUACGACUCAAGCCCAAGUUCAAACCCAAUCUGGAGACCCGAAUAAUUCCUCCACGGCCCCUGUUUCCACCGUUACCACCGCCUGUACCGCCAUUGUAGCAUGUGGUCCGACGGAGCUAGUCAAUGUUCCUCUCUCAACCUUGUCUCCUCCUUCGAAAAUCCCUUCCCGCCCUAGAAAAAUCCGGAAACUCUCCCCUGACCUGAGCUUCGACCCCAAUGCCUCCCAACAAGCAACGACCUCCUCCUCCACAUCCCUGACCGAACAGCGUAAAACCGUCGGCAGAACUUCCAAAACAAAACUCAGUCAACAUCGAGCCCUAGCGGUGGUGGCUCCACGAAUCAUUUCUCGGUCCCUCUCUUGCGAGGGCGAGGUCGAAAACGCCAUCCACCACCUUCGCGACGCCGAUCCCCUCCUCGCUUCCUUAAUCGACCUCCAUCCACCUCCAACCUUCGACACUUUCCAUGCCCCUUUCCUCGCGCUCACUCGGAGCAUCCUCUACCAACAGCUCGCUUUCAAAGCCGGAACCUCCAUCUACACCCGCUUCAUCUCUCUCUGCGGAGGCGAAAACGGGGUUGUUCCUGAAACUGUUCUUUCUUUAACCUCUCAACAGCUGCGACAAAUUGGUGUCUCGGGACGAAAAGCGAGUUACCUUCAUGAUCUCGCAAGAAAAUACCAGACGGGGAUAUUAUCGGACUCGGCGAUUGUAAAUAUGGAUGACAAAUCACUUUUCACCAUGCUUACGAUGGUCAAUGGGAUCGGUUCUUGGUCGGUUCAUAUGUUCAUGAUUUUUUCGCUUCAUAGACCCGAUGUUUUGCCAAUUAAUGAUCUCGGGGUUCGAAAAGGGGUUCAAUUGCUCUACAAUUUGGAGGAGUUGCCAAGGCCUUCGCAGAUGGAUCAAUUGUGUGAGAAAUGGAGGCCAUACAGGUCGGUUGCUUCCUGGUAUCUUUGGAGGUAUGUGGAGGCCAAAGGAGCGCCUUCGAGUGCUGCCGCGGUUGCUGCUGGUGCUAGUCUUCCACCGCUGCAGCAACAAGAGGAGCCGCAACAACAUCAGCAACAGCCCCAGCUUAUGGACCCCAUUAAUAGCAUUCUCAACCUUGGGGCCUGUGCCUGGGGGCAAUGAUUGUCAUUGGAGAUGGAAUGUUUGGCAUUUGUUACAAUCCAUGGAUCUGAAAGGCAGGCACUUGAAAGGAAAAAUGUUUGCGUGAAAAAUAUUGUUCUGAAAGCCAUUAAAAAAUUAUAAGCCUUAUGAGUAAAGUCUUUUUAACUUUGGUCUCCUAAAUCUGCUUUGAGAUUGAAUAAACACACUGCCCGGUUCUUUGGUCUUCAUAUUUUAGCUGUCAGCUGUCUCAUAUAAGACAUUAAUGGAUUGCAAUUCACUGCUGGAGUGGUUUUGUGUC